UGCAGGUCUGUUUAGUACUCACCCAACGGCCUUCGCACUGAACAAUUCAUUUCGCCACCGAGAAUGGGCGGCCGGAAUGAUGAGAUUUCUGCAACUUCCGGCCUCCGGAGUCCCUUAAUUAAACCACUCCGUCGUCCCCACAAGCCCAGAAGAAACUCCUUUGCUUUACUCUGUGCAGUCAUCGCUUCCAUGGCUUCCGUGUUGGUUGGUUAUGAUUUAGGUGUAAUGAGUGGAGCUGUAAUCUUCAUUAAAGACGAUUUCAAGAUCUCUGAUGUUCAAGUGGAGGUCCUUGUCGGAGUUAUUAACCUCUAUGCAAUUGUCGGUGCCGCCGCCGCCGGCAGAACCUCCGAUUGGAUCGGUCGCCGGUAUACCAUUGUUCUGGCUUCUGGGUUCCUCUUCGUCGGAGCUGUUCUCAUGGGGUUUGCCCCAAAUUACGCCUUUCUGAUGUUUGGAAGAUUCUUCGCCGGCGCCGGCAUGGGAUUUGCCCCGUUGAUUGCCUCUGUCUACACCGUCGAGGUUUCUCCGGCAUCCUCUCGCGGCUGCUUCUCCACUUUCCCGGAGGUGUUCGUUAAUUUCGGAAUUUUAUUGGGAUACAUUUCGAAUUACGCAUUCUCCAAGCUCCCUGUUCAUCUGGGGUGGCGAUUUAUGCUCGGAAUCGGGUUAAUUCCGUCGGUGUUCUUGGCUGCCGUCGCGAUUCUCAUAAUGCCGGAAUCUCCCCGGUGGUUGAUUUUACAAGGCCGUGUCGGUGAAGCCAAAAAAGUCCUCAUCAGAACCUCAGAUUCCAUAGAAGAAUCUCUACAGCGCCUUGCCGACAUAAAAAAAGUUGUCGGAAUUCCGGCGAGUUGUGAAAACGACGUCGUUCAAAUCCCAAAACAGAGCAGCCACGGCAACGGCGUUUGGAAGGAGCUCUUCCUCCACCCGACGGCGGCUGUCCGCCACAUCAUGAUAACCGUCGUUGGUCUCCAUUUCUUCCUGGAAUCCACUGGCAUGGACGCCGUCGUUUUGUACAGUCCCAGAAUCUUCGAGAAGGCCGGAAUCUCGUCCUCCGACCACAAGCUUCUCGCCACGGCGGCUGUUGGGUUGACCAAGACACUCUCUGUCUUAAUCGCCACCUUCUUGUUCGACCGGAUCGGACGGCGGCCGUUGAUUCUGACGAGCGUCGCCGGCAAAACAAUUUCGCUAAUUAUUUUAGGGACGACGCUCACGAUUAUCGAACAGUCAGACGAGCAAAUGACGUGGACGGUGGGGCUGUGCAUUGCAAUGGUGUUAUCCGACGUGGCGUUUUACUCAAUUGGGAUGGGUCCCAUGUGCUACGUCAGCUCGGAGUUUUUCCCAUUGAAGCUACGCGCUCGAGGUGUGAGCGUGGGGCUUAUCAUGAAUAGGUUAUCAGGCGCAGUGGUGACAAUGACGUUUUUGUCCCUGUAUCGUGCUAUUACAAUUGGUGGCGCGUUCUUCCUCUACGCUGGCAUUGCGUUGGUAGGGUGGGCGUUUUUUUACGUGGUGUUCCCGGAGACACGUGGCAUGGAUUUGGAAAAUGUAGAGGGGCUUUUUGGUAAUUUACUAUGGAAAUUCUCCGACCGUGAGUAAAAUAAUUAUUUAGUUUUGAGUUAAAAAAAAUUCGUGUUUGAAGGGUAAAAUUGUAAAAUUGUUUAAUACGAUGUUCUCAAAUAUACAUGCUACGUACUUAUAAUGGUUCAUUUGUGAUAUCAUUCACAU